AUGGAUCAAGGUGAUUACAUCGACUACCUAAAGAGCUUGGAGCCACGAGGAGUGCCACAGCACAAACUGGCACUAAAAAUAAAUACUCCUGUUAUCCUGCUGCGGAAUAUAAACCCAGUGGAGGGUAUAUGCAACAGUACGUGGCUUAUUUGUAAGCAACUUACACCAAAUCUUGUAGGUGCAAUAAUUGCUACAGGUGUGUCAUAUAAGAGUUUCCAGCUUACAAUCGAUCACAUUUACAUUGUUAUAUGGUUAAUAGCUGCGUAA